AUGAAGUACGGCAUCGGCCGCUGGGUGCAGAUCCUGGAGACUGGCCUGUUCCCUGGCAAGCUCAUUCAGCAGCUGAAUGGGCAGACUCAACGCCUCAUAGGGCAGCAGUCCCUCUCAGCGUACACGGGCCUGCAAGUGGACGUGGACCGCAUCCGAGGGGACAAUGAGCAGAAGAAGGAUGUGGAGCGCAAGUGCGGACUCAUCAUCUGGUCAGGACCCAACCCCACGAAGAAGAUGAAGGACGAGUGGCAGGCGGAGGCCAAGGCCAGGUACGGCCUAUCUCCUGACCAGCUGGCAGAGGUAGAGGCGCAACUUGAGGAGCUGGUUGCCAGCGUGGACAGGUCCAAGGGCAGCGGCCUGGCCAGCGGCCACGUGCCUCUUAUCGACCUCAUGGAGGCCCCGCUGGAUGCGCUGUCGCGGGAGCAGAAGGUGCUGCUGCUGAAGCGGCUGCGCAGCAAGCUGGCCAGCCUGGUGGCCGCGCUCACUGCCAAGCAGGCCGGCGCCCCCAUCACCAAGGUUCAUGGCACGCCUGUGAAACGCAGGAGAUCCAUGGGGACGUCAGUCGAGGGCGCAACAGAGGAGCAGACUGUGCAUGCAGCUGGGCCCCAGGAGGCCGAGGGUGUGGCCUCAGGCAGCAAUGGCAGAGGAGCAGCAAAUAAGAAGGGCAGUGCAAAGGCAGGCACCAAGCGCCGGGCGCGCAUGCCAAAGGAGCAGAAGCAGCAGGAAAGCGCGGAGGAGAGAGGGACCAAAAGGAGGAGCCGGGGCAGGGGCAAGGUUGUCUUUGAUGACCCAGAUAGCGAUUUCAUGGACGUGGAUGAUGCCACUGGUGUGUUGGCUGAUGCUGAGCAGACUGCUGUUCAGGCGGACAUCACAUCCCUGCAGGGCAUGGGAUUCAGCAAAGCCAAGGCAAAGGAGGCCUUGGAGGAGUGCAAUUACAGCAUGGACCUAGCCAUCGAAUGGCUGGUGCUCAGAAUACUAUCUAGAAAGCCGGCUAAUCGACAGAAGGCCACAGAAGGUGAUGUGGCCGCAGUAGUGAGGCAUCUGACCGGCGCCAGCCAUGCGGUGGCCGCCGAAUGCGCGAAUGUCAUCCUGAACCUCUGCUUUGAGCGGGCCAACGUGAGCAGGCUGCUCAAGUGCAACGGCGUCGCUCCCCUGGUGUCCUUGCUGAAAAGCUCAAACGCUGAUGUUCAAGCCAGCGCAUGCGGCGUCAUCCAGAGCAUCUGCUAUCUGGGGAGGGGGAGGCAGGCGGCCAGAGACUGCGCAGCGAUUCCAGAGUUGCUGGCAGUGCUGCGCAGCGAGGACGGCAAGGUGCGCGUGAGGGCGGUGGGCGCGCUGCACAAUCUGUCGUGCGACCCCCAGUCGGUGCGCAUGACGCGGCGCUGCAACGGCAUUGGCCCGCUCGUGGCACUCCUAAAGCUCAGCUGUGCGCCACUGGUGCUUUGCUCAACAUUCUGGGACCCGCGCUAG